AUGGCAGGAGAACUCAUCCUCGUCACUGGUGGCACUGGUCUCAUCGGGAUCAAGACUAUCCACACAGCUCUCAAAGCUGGAUACUCUGUCCGUGCAGCAGUUCGUUCCCAAGAAAAAGCCAAGGCCGUCCUUGCCACACCGACCGUCAUGGCCAUCAACCCAGGCUCCAAACUUACCUUUGUGAUCGUCCCCGAUAUCCUUGCGGACAACGCAUAUGACGAAGCAGUCAAGGGUGUGAAAUACAUCAUCCAUAUAGCCUCUCCCGUUAUCAAAGGCGAAGGGUUCACCCCUGCCCAAUACGAGUCCGAACUCAUCGCGCCCGCCAUUAAAGGCACAACAUCCAUCCUCAGCGCGGCUCACAAAACCCCCAGCAUCCAGCGCAUCGUCAUCACAUCUUCCAUAGUCGCCAUCAUCCCCUGGGAAGAGUUCAUCGCCAAAGAAGUCGACACGGUCUUCGACGACACCUACGAGAUCCCCUUCCCCGCAGGCCCCUACACCAACCCCUUCGAAGCCUAUGCCGCCAGCAAAGUCCGCGCCCUGCUCGCAACCAAAGAGUUCCUGUGGGAGAAAAAGCCCCAGUGGGACAUCAUACACAUCAUGCCCUCGUUCGUGGUCGGCGACAACGAAAUCAUCACAGACGCCACUCUCAUCUGCGAUUCCACGGUCUCCGCAGCCUUCGCGCAGGUCCUGGGCCGCGACAGCAGAUGGGGCGCUGUGCCUAGCACCAGUGUCCAUCCAGCCGACAUUGCGCGGCUGCAUGUCGCGGCCCUGGAUCCUGAGAUCGAGGGCAAUCAAAGCUUCUUGGCUGUGUCUGGGGGGGAGAGGGGCACGCGCUGGGAAGAGGCGAUUGGGAUUGUGAAUCGCAAUUUUCCGGAGGCUGUUAGAAAGGGCAUCUUGCCUAAUAAUGGGACGGCGAAGACUAAGAGGACGAAAGUUGACUCGAGUCGGACGGAGAAGGUGUUUGGGUUUAAGUUUUUGGGUUAUGAGGAGCAGGUCAAGAGUGUGGUGGAGCAGUAUCUUGGGCUUUUGGGAGAGCCUGUUGCUUGA